GGUUAAAGCCCAAAUGUAGUGAUCUCGAGCGGGCCAGAGCCCAAACCCGUAUUUGAUCUCCACGUUCAAGUCAACAAUUACUACGCAGUUUUCAGCAGAGUGAUGAACCGUGAAUAGUACGGCGAUUAACCGGAAGCCGUAACCCGCAGUAUUGUGUGACCACUUCCGACGAGUUAAAACUCACAACUCCGGCUGCCGCUCUGGAAAAUGGCCGCCGGCGGCACCAAUGACACUGAAAGAAUCAGUGGUGGAGAAUCCAUCUUACCAGUAAACCCUACAACUUCCUCAGCUGAUCAGUCAGUUUGGGCCGACGUUUCUCCUCUACUCGAGCUCGCCUGUAGAGAUCUUCAUGAUGGUGAGCUUAUACACGGAGAGAACUUUAAUCUUUUUGCUGCCAUGUCAGCCUUGGAGAUUAUGGACCCGAAGAUGGAUUCUGGUAUGGUCUCUACUUACUACUCUGUUGAUGAAGCCAUCGAACUAGGCGCUGCUCCUGUUCCCUUGAGCUUUGACAGAACAAUUGAUAUUCAGUAUGUUAUUGACAUCAUGGAUCAUCUCCUUGCCUGUGAGGCAACUUGGCACAAAGGCCAUUCUCUGGCUCAAACUGUUUUCUCGUGCAUCUACAUUUUGAGACCUGAUAGAACUUCUUCCCAUGCUUUACUACAUUCAUAUUGCUUAGUUGUACGUGGGACUUGCAAUGCAGUUGUUUCAGCAGUUUCUGAUGCUCGCACAAAUGAAGAAGAAGACCUUUUUACCAUGACAUAUGGUCUUCCUUUGAAAGGGGAAGGAGAUGAGAAAUGCCUUUCCCUUCUACAGGCUGUAGAUGAAACACUUUCUCGUCAGUUGCGGGCUUGCAAAGCUCCAUUAUCUAAGAGGAAAGCUUUAGAAGAUAUAGAACCAUUACAAUCUAAUCCAGAUCUGGAAGAAGGAUUUUGCCGAGCUGUUUUGUGCCGCUUACGUUUUCGUAAGCACUUCUAUCACGUUCUAACAUGCAUGCGGAAACCUCAAGGUAGAGGUUUGGAGUUGGCCAGAAAACAUAUUGCAGCAUGUUUGUCAGAACUAGAUUCAAUGCUUCAACUAGAAACAUUUUUGAGAUCCCAGACUGCAGAAAAUGAAACCACAGCAUCUGGUCGUCAGCCAAUUGGGUUUGAUUCAACCUUGAACAGUAGAUUGUCUGCUCCAACUCCACCUCGUGCUCUAAAACUGCUAAGCUGGAGAAAGGCCGUGGAAUAUUUCCAGAAACUUCUUCGUGAUCUUAAUAUCAUAUGUUCGUAUACUUUGGACCCGGCCCUUGAUAUGCUUUUGCACUUUGUUGUGGGUUUUCAGAAGAUGCACCCUGAUUUAAUUGCGAGAGCUUAUCUACAGCUUUUGCUGGUUCAAGAUGGAAAACUCUAUGGACGGGAUCCAAUUAUUGCAGUAAUUGGUAAAGCUGCUCUUUUACCUGAUGUGGUGAAAACCAACGACUUACAAAAUAAUGAGAUCAUUGCACAGCUUGGCCAGCUGCUAAUUAACUUGCUCAAAGUUAUUUGCACAAAUGCUGCAUGGCAAAGGCGUAAACUUGGCAAAAUUUUACAAGACUGGCAGGUUGUUCGCAUGCAGUUAGAGAUGGCUUUCCAGACAGAGUUUGGAGAUGUAUCAAGCACUUCCAGUGAUGAGAGUGUGGGCAUGAAGAUAUGCAAUCAUAUCCUCAUUUGGGUGGAGGAGCAAACCUAUUGGAUAGCUCUUCGAUUUCUCACAUUGGGCUUUGAAUUGGAGCUGUAUUCACCUUGUGACUACUGCAUGGUGUACUGGUAUAUGUAUGUUGUAUUGAUUCAGCUUGCCGAGAAAACACACUCAAAAACGAUGAGGAGAAAUGACAAUGGUAGACGGAAGGGAAAGAAGAAAAAAGAGGCUAUAAAGGAUGGGGCAAAGGACAAUCAGAUUCCACCAGGGGUCAUAUUCCUUCAAAGUCGCAUAGAUCUCACCGAGGGUAUUGCAAUGAUGCUUGCAGCUUUGAGGAAUGAAUAUAAUCUCUUUCAAAGUCCAGGCCCUUUCAACAGUGAGCAUGAGAGAUUUCUUCAGCAUUUUGAGCUCCUACAGAAAGCUGGCAUACCUGUUUACGCGGAUGCCUACAUUGCAUUCAAAGAAGCUGUGAGCCAUGCUAGAUUUUCCACCUUGUCCAUACACCAAUGUUUCAAGAAUGCGCAGAGGAUUGCAAAGGAACUGAGGACCAUGUAUUCAAAUGAUCUCGACAAAUUGACUGAACUUCGCGGGAUUGAACAAGUGGCGGAACAUAAUGUUGUCGCUCUAAAUCUCAUUAGUCGGUUGGGAACUCUUGACCCAUCACUUAAAGUGUACUUUGAAUUCAGUCAUCAUCCUUACUUUGCUACUGCUGUGGUGAAGAGAUCUUGAAAAAUGAACCCUCCCCCAUCCAUGCCAUUUCACCAAUUUUGAUGCCAUUAUAUACAGGCUGUUGUGUAGGUUUUAGUUCUUUUUUUUUUUACCCCCUCAAUUUUUCUUUGUGCAACAUAAUUAGGUGUAACUGUAAAGUAAGUUGGCGUUGGAAAGCGAAUCGCUGUUCUGUGAUUUUAAAGUUGCGGGCCUUGUAUCAUAGUCUGAAGAGACAUUAGUUAGGAAGCAUUUCAUCUUAUUUGACACACGAUAAAUUUGGUAUUCUUUCAUAUCUUUGGCCUUGAAAGAAAGUUUUGUUGUAACAAGUAUUGUGG